CCGCUUUUCCACUCCGAGUCUCUCCCAGAGCUGGCGGCGAAUCCCCAUUCUCCGGCGAGCGGCGGCGCGGCCCUCCGCUGCUUCCUGCAGCAUCCAGAUCCCCGUCCCGCUGCCUCACCUCCGCAGCCUCGAUGCAGCCUGGAUCUCACCUCCGUCCGUUCCGCCACGCUGGAUUCCCCUCCCCCUAGCUGGCGACUUGAUAUAAGUUCAUCUGCUAGAUAAGCUCAAAGGAGAUAUGGAACCUCGGCAGUGGAUGACCACAAUCGUACUAACUGAUGAUUUGGUGGUGGAGAUCUUGUCUCGGUUGCCACUGAAGUCUUUUUGCCGUUUCAAAUGUGUCUCCACGUCUUGGCUUGCCUUCUCAUCUGAUCUGCACUACCGCCAGAAGCUCCCAAGAACUCCCGUCGGUCUCUUGUACCAAAAAAGAGAGCAUGGCACUGCCAUCCAUCUUGCGGGACUUCCCUCAAGUGACAGGGAUAUUGACUCAACACUUAGCUUUGUGCAAUGUUAUGAGCGUCCCUUGGAGCUUAAGCAUUGCAGCAACGGCCUACUUCUUUGUUAUCAUGGUGGUAUGCCCUCGAAAGGAAUUUCCGACGCCAUCGUGUGCAAUCCAGCAACUCAAGAGUGGAUGUCACUUCCAGAUACUGAACCUGGACCAGCCGUCUGUUAUGCCAGUUACAAGUUGUGUUUUGAUCCAUUGUGGUCUCAAUACUUUUAUGUCUUCAAAUUUGAGUCAAGUCCAAGUGGUGGAUUUGACACUGAAGUUACGGUAUUCUUCUCUGAGUAUUCGACCUGGUCUAAUUGUCUAUGGGAAACCUCAGAUAUAUUUUUUGGUGAUUCACUCUUUGUAAAUGGGGUGUUGUAUGUGGAGCACUUAUGGAGGCAUUACCUUCUGGCACUCGAUGCACCUGAUACAUGCACACAGCAGCUCAAUCAUAGGACCAUUCAGUUGCCAGGGUUUCCAUAUGGACCAGAGAGGUUUUAUUGCUUUGACGGGCGUCUUUGGCAGUCAUCUGGGGUCUUAUGCUAUGCACAACAAGAAUUUUAUGGUUGCAUGAUCCGAAUUUGGAGUUUGGAAGGAUAUGAUAGAUGGGUGGUGAAGCAUCGUCUAAAUAUGAACAAUGUAUUUGGGAGGGACAUAAUGCUCCGUACUAACAAUGAAGGAUUAUGGUUCUUUGAUUAUGAAAUCCUGGCAUUUGACCUGGAGAGAGAGCUAGUUAUCCUUGCUGACACAAUUGCUGAUAAUAAGAUCAUCUCAUAUAGCAUCAGUACUGGAAAAGUCUGCCAGAUUCUAAACAUUCCAAGCUUCGUUAACCUAUAUCGAAGUCUACUCUAUGUGCCAUACUAUGGCAAGUUUCCAGCUUGUGUGCUUCAAGCAGCUCAAGACAAAUGUUAGAAUAUUUACCCUAUGAAUGAUGUAAUCUCUAGGUAUCUUUUGUGCGCUAGCUGUGCCAAACAGCUGUUAUGUAUGUACUGAAUUGUUGGCUUCGUUAUGUGUUGUGUUCUUCUAA